CUUAAUACUAAUUUCUGUACUAAUAAUACAGAUACAGUAAAAUGUCUGUGGCACCAAUAAUUUAAUAAUUCUGCAUAAUUUCCGUUCUAUAACAAACUGCUAAAUUUUUGUAAAGUGAGCCUAAUAUAGAGUUAUUCUGAGUACUGGAUAAGACAAAAAGCAGAUAAAACAUUCAGAGUAUAGCAUAUAGUACAGGUUAAUAAAUGUCAGCUAUUAUUAUUAUUAAUGAGGACUUGUCUUCUAGUCAUUCUGCCCGAGCCUUUGCACCUACAGAAACUUGUGAAGAAAAUCUAAAACUGGCUUGUUUUCAGGUCUGUCUCAGUACAGAAAAGACAGUCCCAGUGAGUGAUCUGUGGGGAAAGGAGAGGGGAACAUCCCCUUUCCCUGGGACCUCUUCAAGGAGUCUGUGCACUACCUCCCCAGCUUUGAAAAGAAUUUCUUCCUGCCAAGGAGAGAAAUGGAUGCCAGAAGGGAAGAAGGACAAGGGGAAGAAGGUGGCUCCAGCCGCUGCUGUCGCAAAGAAGCAGGAGGCCAGGAAAGUGGUGAAUCCCGUGUUGGAGAAAAGGCCUAAGAAUCUUGGUAUUGGACAGCACACCCAACCCAAAAGGGACCUCACUUGCUUUGUCAAAUGGCCCCGCUUUAUCAGGUUGCAGUGGCAAAGAGCCAUCCUCUACACAUGGCUGAAGGUGCUUCCUGUGAUGAACCAGUUCACCCAGGCCUUGGACCCCAAAACAGCUACUCAAUUAUAGUACAUAAGCUGGUCCACUAGUACAGACCAGAGACAAAGCAAGAGAAGAAGCAGAGGCUGCUGGCCUGGGCUGAGAAGAAAGCUGCCAGCAAAGGGGACGUCCCCACCAAGAGACCACCUGUCCUUCAAGCAGGAAUUAUCACUGUAGCCACCUUAGUGGAGAACAAGAAGUCUCAGCUGGUGGUGACUGGACGUGAUGUGGAUCCCAUCAAGCUAGUUGUCUUCUGCCUGCUCCCAGCCUCAGCCUCCUCAUCUGGAAAAUGGAUGAUGAUAGGCCAGGCGUGGUGACUCACGCCUGUAA